AUGACAUAAAAGUAAGCCACAUCUCAUCUUUCCAUGACCCCGAGAAAGCCAUUUUGCUUCUCAUACACUAGCUAAAAGAGAGAGAGACCAAACUGCGUCGGUCGAAUGAUGCAAGAGGAAACGGUCAUCAUCGUCGGAGCCGGCCCCUCGGGCCUGGCCACAGCGGCUUGCCUUAAUUUCCACUCGAUCCCUUGCAUAAUCCUUGAAAGAGAAGAUUGUUUUGCUUCGCUUUGGAAGAAAUAUGCCUAUGAUCGUCUCCAUCUUCACUUAGAUAAGCAAUUCUGCGUGCUUCCUCACAUGCCAUUUCCUGACUCUUAUCCGAGCUAUAUCUCAAAAGAACAAUUCGUAAGCUACUUGGAUAAUUACGUUUCUCAUUUUAAGAUCAGUCCUUUGUACCGGAGAUGUGUCGAGUUGGCCAAGUUCGAUGAGGCAAGCAAGAACUGGAUUGUCAAGGCCAGGAACUUGGGUUCUGGAGAGGUUGAGGAGUUCAAGGGGAGGUUUUUGGCGGUGGCUAGUGGAGAAACAAGCAACCCUUAUACACCAGAGAUUGAAGGAUUGAAUACUUUCCCUGGAGAUGUUCUCCAUUCAACCCAGUUCAGAGACGGCAAGGCAUUUAGUGACCAGAACGUUUUGGUUGUUGGGUCUGGCAAUUCUGGCAUGGAGAUCGCUCUGGACCUGGCAAAUCACGGUGCCAAAACAUCCAUAGUUGCUCGCAGUCCGGUUCACAUUCUUUCAAAGGAGAUGGUGUACUUGGGGUUAAUUCUAUUGAAGUAUAUUCCACACAACAUGGUGGACUCGUUGAUGGUCAUGCUUAGCAAGCUUGCUUACGGGGAUUUGACCAAGUACGGGAUCACCAGGCCAAAGGAGGGUCCAUUUUUCAUGAAAGUUGCCUAUGGCAAAUACCCUGUUUUUGAUGUAGGAACCUAUAACAAGAUCAAGUCCGGGGAGAUUCAGGUGUUGCCAGCUAUAUCGAGUAUACGAGGCAGUGAGGUGGUGUUCGGACACGGUGUAACUCAUCCCUUCGACACAAUUAUUUUCUGCACUGGCUUCAAGAGGUCCACAAAUGUCUGGCUCAAGGGAGAUGAAUACCUGCUGAACGAUGAUGGACUUCCCAAACCGAGUUUCCCAAACCAUUGGAAGGGAAAGAAUGGUUUGUACUGCGUUGGAUUGUCAAGAAGAGGAUUGUAUGGUGCGAGUGCUGAUGCUCAGAACAUAGCCAAUGAUAUCAAGUCACUUCUGUAAGGAGUCCCUUCAACAGAAGGAAUUAUUAUGAUGCAAUCAAUGGUUUAUGCGUAAUGUUUGGUACCUUCCUUAAUGAGUCCGUACUCUCCUACUUGAAACAGUCUUGCUCAUAAAAAGACAUGUCAUGGUAUUGGGGGAAAAAGAAAUUGUUUAUUAAGACAGUUUUUAUGAGCUAUAUUACAUGCUGAAAGUUCCUGUAAUUUCCUACCAGUUCAAAGUU